AAAUUAGUAAGCAAUAUGGUGUUGAGUAAUUCGACGCCCAACAGCAAUCACAACAAGCAGCACGAGCUGCUGCAUCUGGACACAGCGGCCAUCAACAGUGCGGACUUCAGCGAGCUGCUGCAACUCAAUGCCGAAAUCGAGCAGCGGCGCUCACGCAACGGCGCUCAAUGCAGCGAUGCUAGUGAGGCGUGUGGCCUGCUGCGUGCCACAAUGAUGCGGGAGGAGCUGUUUGAGGUGUCCUCGCUGGAUGAUGAUCGCUUUCUCACCGCCUUGGAGCAUCAAAAUUCGUAUGUGACUCCAUCGCGCGUGCAAGUCACAGACUUGGAUCUGAGCAGCAUUGAGAAUCUAAUGAAGUAUUUCGACGAGGAGGUGCCCACAACGCCCAGCAAGCAAAUGUUGGCAAUGAGCAGCUGCACAGGCAAGGUAGCAAGCGCUAUAGCCAAGCUAGCCAAUCAGCCUGAGACGCCAGCAAAGCAAAAACCUACUGCUGGUAAGCAGAAGAUCAGCGAGUUGAAGCAGCGUUAUGAGCAGUCACCGGAGCAGCAGCAGCAGCAGCAGCAACAGUUGGCAACGCCUCAAGCGCCACGUGGCGGCAACCGCCUGCCCAUGAAGGUGGCGAGAUAGGCACAGCUGUUCAACUCCAAGAUCAAUCAGGUUAUGGGACGCGCCGAGCCACCACAGUAUGCAACACUACACAACGAGCUAUCGCUAUCGCCAGAGAUUAAAAAAACAAAGCCAAAAGUGCAGCCGCCAACGCCUAAGCCACGACAGCAGCUGGAACAAACCACUUGCCUGGUAGCUGAGGAUGUUUUCCGUGAGCUAAGCGUCAAGGAUAAGAUAUUGUUGUUUGACAAGUUCGUCAGCGAUAUAGCUACCAAGCAUCCCAAGUUCAAUGAGCAUGCCGACGAUUUGAAGGCGCAGGCCAAGAAGCAAAUGGCACGUGGUGAAGUCAUAGCCGAACAGCAGGCCAGAGUCAAGGAUUUAGCCAAGGAGUUGGAGGCAAAGUGUGUGCUGCAGACAACAACAACGCCGCCACGUCCACAGGCAGCAACUAAGCCCACAACGCCUUCACUACAUGUCAGCACACUUACUGUCAUCAUCAAGCCCAACAAGGAGCGACAUCUAAUUGCCAGUCCAAGCCAGAGCGAACCGCUUGCCCAGCGUGAGCCUGGCCAGAAGCGCAAUCUAGCUGAAAUACGCUCUAGACUGCCCACAGAGGCGUAUGCGCCGCCCAAGAAGAUACGACGCACACGUCAGGAGCGCGCUGGUCAAAUGUUUUUUCAAAACGAGCCGCUGGAGAGUCUCUUUUACAGUUGGCUCAGCGCUGAGAACGGCGUGCUCUUUGACAUUACCAGCGCCAGCAACCAUGAGCAAACCAUUGAGAUAGCCAGCUCUGAUGAGCAGCCAGCCAUGCUUAGCCAGCUAAGUGAGUACAGUCAAAAGUCCGCUGUGGAACGUCUGCUGGAGGAAGCCAUUGCCAAGUUGGAUCAGGAGAGCAAAACAAAGGAGAGUCUGCAAUUGGAGCAGAAGGAUGUGGAUACAGCUAGCAGCGUUAGUGUCAAGUCUACGCCACGCAAGCUGAAGCGCCAAGCGCCGCCAGUGCCUGCGCCACGUCCAAGUCUAACGCAACAGUCCAGCUGCAUUACCUCCAGCAGCGCCUCCAGCUGCAAGCAAUCCGAUGCAGAGUCCGAGUCUGGUUUGUCCACACUGCCGAAGAUAACCAGCGAUGAAUCGCAGCCUGAGAUGCUCACCACCCCAGUGGAAGCCGAGAACUUUGACUUUCCCAAGCCACAGCGUCCGCCGCGCAAGAAGAAGCUGCGCCGCACACUCACCUGGAAGAAGGAGAACUCUAUAGUUGAGGCUACCGCUAAUGCAGUGACCAGCACCGAUUCCGACUCUGACUACAAGCCCAAAAAGAAGUCCAACCCAGCGCCCGCAACACCUGUUGCCCUGCCACGCCCAGAACAAAGCUACAUAGAGCUGGACAAAUCGCUGAUGCGCCAUGUCAACUCACCACGUAAAAUCAAAUCCGCCUACACGCUCACUGUGCUCUCGCCCUCACCCACGGAUCAGUCGCCACUGCAGACGCCGCGUCAGUCGCUGGAGCAGAGUCAGCCGGCAACCGAUAGCUUUGUCGAUCAGGGCUUUGAGACCUGCUCGAACGAUGCCAGUCCUCUACGUCGCAGCUCUGUGGGCUUGAGCGAGAACAAGCCCUCGGGCUUUUCCACGCCUGUUAAGGCGCGCAGUCAGCUGCAGCUGUUCAGUCCGCUGGCGCAGGAUAAAGCGCGUCGCAGCUCGCUGGCCAUGCAGGUAAUACGCGAGGAUCAUCCACUGGAUCUAGCUGAAUCAUCAGAUGCACCCAACACGCCCACUUGCAGUGAACGUGAGUUCUUUGCCAAUGCGCCCACCGUGGAGAUGAGCUCAUCCCAGCUGGAUGAUUUCUCCAGUGCCGCCGACAAGCCGCAGUCCAAGUUCUGGAUUAGCGCUGGCGACUUUACAGUCUCACUGGAUAUUGCCUACAAUACGCCGGAGCGGCUGCGUCUGCUCUACGAGAUCUUCACACAGAAGAGCUGGGAAACACAAAAGCUUACCUUUGGCAUUGACAAACACAAGUUCUGCCGUGCGGCCAGCCAGGAAACAUGUCGCACUCUACCGGAGCGUCAGUCCAGCGAUAAGGACUUCUCGCACUAUUGGUUCGGCAGCGGAGAUGUCACUGUGCCCUUCAGUGGACGCCAUUUGUCAAGUGAAAAGAUUGAGCGUCUGUUUCGGUUUCUCGAUGCUGAGUUGGCUGCUGAGCCGGAGCGUGAGCUGCGCUUUGGCGUGGAUCAGUUUGAGUUUAGCAGCGUGCCAGAGUUCUGGCCAGCCACGCCCAAGUUCUCCAUAGCCAGCAGCUACGGCAUGCUGGUCGGUCUACAAGCGGGACAGAGCAACGGCUUGGAGGGUCGCAGCAAGUACGCCUGGCCCAACUCCAGCGGCAUUAAGACCAGCGAUUUGGAUCAAACCGAAUUCGAGUCGGACAGCUUUGGCAACAAUAGCGGCCGCUUGAGCUUCUCACCCGAUCUGUUUAGCCAGGAGUACGAGGCGGUGCCGCUGGAUGAGCUAUUCGACAAGACGCUGCCACUGGUGCGCUCCACUCCCAUUUACGCACAGAACAUGAGCAUGCCACAAAUGUUGCGCACACUGCAGCAACAGCAGAGCAAAUUGAAGAGCGUUGAGCAGCGCAUUCGCAACUUUGAGCUGCCAGCCAAUCUGACAGAGGAGACGCUCAAGAAAUGCCGCAGUAAUCCGCAGUACGCACAGAAGCUGCAGGCGAUUGAUAAACUGGCACGCAACAAUGGCUUCAGUGCCUGCAGCAUGGAGGAGCUCGAGAGCUACAUGCAGUUCCUCAUCGAGUAUGCGGAUGUUUGCCUGGGCAGCUGCAGCGAGCACAUGGAUAAGAUCAUUGAUACGCUGCUUGAUCGCCGAGCAGUGCAAGUUUAA